GAGGGGCUUGAGGGCCAGCCCCCUGCAGACACGGGGGCACCUGCCUGGACCGCUGGUCUUGGCAGCAGUGCCAGUGCGUGGACGGCUUCACCGGCAAAUUCUGUGAGAAAUACAUGACGGCGGACACCGCCCUGUCCAUGGACGGCGCGGGCCGCCUGGACUACUCCCUGAAGCAGGGCCCGAGACGCGACGUCCUCCUGAGGCAGUCGCUGCAGGGCGUGACCUCUGAACCCGCACGUCCCAGCAGCCUGGAGGUCAAGUUCAGGACGCGCAGCAAGAGCGGCACUCUGCUGCACGUGCAGGAGAGCAGCAACUACACCACGGUGAAGCUGAGGAACGGCAACAUCCACUACGUCUCGGACGCGGGCGUCGGGGGGAAGGUGGAGCGGACGGUGGGGGACGCGGCGCUGUCGGACGGCCUGUGGCACACGCUCCACCUGCUGAAGAACGGCUCCACCACGGUGCUGCUGGUGGACGGCAGCCACUCCAGGGUGAUCCAGCACGCCACGCAGGACUUCGGAGGUCUCAGCGUGGUGACCUUCUCGCUGGGAGGGGUCCCCCCAGGACCCGCUCAGCAGAAGACCGCGGCAGGGUUCGACGGCUGCUUGGCCUACGUGAAGUACAACGGGGAGAACCUUCCGUUCACCGGAGAGCACGGCCUCGUCGCCUUGACCAAGACCAGCUCGUCCGUCAAGAUCGGCUGCAGGGGUCCCAACCUGUGUGAGAGCAGCCCCUGCUGGGACGGCCUGAUGUGCGUCAACCAGUGGUACACGUACCAGUGCGUCGCGCCCGGCGACUGCGGCUCCAGCCCCUGCCAGAACCGCGGCAGCUGCGUGCCGGACCCCCACUCGGGCUUCACCUGCGUCUGCUCGGAGUUCUACACCGGCAAGAGCUGCGAGACCCUGGUGGCGUGUCUGGGCGUCCAGUGCCCUCCGGGUAACGUCUGCAAGUCGGCCAACAACGGCGGCUUUGUCUGCAGCCCGAGCCCCUCCUCGGAGAAGAUGGUCCUCCCCAUCUGGGCGGUGCCGGCUAUCGUCGGCAGCUGCGCCACCGUCCUGGCCUUGGUGGUGCUCAGCUUGAUCCUGUGCAACCACUGCAGGGGUCGCAACAAGACCAAAGUGCCGAAGGAACCCAAGGAGAAGAAACCCAAGGAGAAAAAGAAGAAGAAGAAGAAGAAGAAAAAGGGCAGCGAGAACGUGGCGUUCGACGACCCGGAUAACAUCCCGCCGUACGGAGAUGACAUGACGGUUCGGAAACAGCCGGAAGGGAACCCCAAGCCGGACAUCAUUGAGAGGGAGAACCCCUAUCUGAUCUACGAUGAAACGGACCUCCCCCACAGCAACGAGACCGUGCCCAGCGCCCCCUGCGCCCCUUGCAACGGCCCGGAGGCCGACAUCGAGCACUACGACAUCGACAACGCCAGCAGCAUCGCGCCCUCCGACGCGGACAUCAUCCAGCACUACAAGCAGUUCCGCAGCCACACGCCCAAGUUCUCCAUCCAGAGACACAGCCCGCUGGGCUUCGCCAGACAGUCGCCGUUGCCCCUCGGAGCGACGAGCUACACCUACCAGCCGCAGUACACCCAAGCGCUGAGGUCCACGCCGCUCAGCCACUCCCACUCGGCGUGCCCGACGCCGAACCCUCUCUCCAGGCACUCCCCGGCGCCGUUCACCAAGCCGUCCUCCUUCUACCGGAACACUCCGACCAGAGAGCUCAACCUGGGCCGCCGCGAGGGCAGCCCGCUGGACCAUCACGGCGACAUGUGCCAGCCGCCGCCGCCGCCCAUGUUCAACUACGCCACCCGGCUGGGGAGGCGCAGCAAGAGUCCGCAGACCAUGGCCGCCCACGGCCACGCCUCCAGGCCGGGCAGUCGGCUCAAGCAGCCGAUCGAGCAGAUCCCCCUGGAGACGGGGCCCCCCGUGGGGCUGUCCAUCGAGGAGGUGGAGCGGCUGAACACGCCGCGCCCGCGCAACCCCAGCAUCUGCAGCGCCGACCACGGGCGCUCCAGCUCGGAGGAGGACUGCCGCAGGCCGCUGUCGAGGGUCCGCAACCCCGCCGACGGCAUCCCCGCCCCGGAGUCCUCUUCGGAGAGCGACUCGCACGACUCCUUCACCUGCUCGGAGAUGGAGUACGAGCGGGACAAGCCGGUGUCCUACAGCUCCCGGGUCCCCAAGCUCUCGCAGGUCAACGAGUCCGACGCUGACGACGAGGACUACGGCGGGAGGCUGAAGCAGAGGCGGUACUCCAGUCGGCGGGCGGAAGGAGGGCCCGGCGUUCCCCAGAUGCCCCCUAGCGAGCAGCACUACACCCUGCCACACAGACUGGGCCAGCAAGCCGGGGGCUUCAACUGGGACAAUCUGUUGAGCUGGGGUCCCGGCUUCGGACAUUACGUCGACGUGUUCAAGGACUUGGCCCUGCUGCCCGAGAACGCGGCGGCAAACGACAUCGAGAUGAACAGCGGGGACGGCUCGGUGACCAUCCUGAACGAGGGGGAGGCUGAGCAAUAUGUAUGAGACUAUUUAUUAAAGAGGAUAUGCUGACGUUCUACAUGUGAACAAAAAGGAAGACUGUACAUUUCAGGAGAACGUUGGACUGCGUGUUUCUCUCUUCGUUGGAAAUUAAAAGACGACUUUUAAUGCAGUAAGGCAGACGGGUGGCACCUGCGACGUGACGGUCAUCAGCCACCUUGGAAUAGUUUACCAGUCUUUUU